CCUCACCAGCACCGUCCAACGCGUCGCAGCUAUUCCGAACAAUUCAGUCAGGUUGUACUACAUUCCUAACUACAUUCCAGGGCAAGCGGAGCCCUUUUCAUAAUCAACACCGUCUCUACAUAUUCGCAUAACGCCUUUUGCUCUUAACCCAGACUACUCAAAUACAAUGCGCAUUGAGAAGGACGAGAACGGCCAAGAGAUCGUUGUUACAUGGGCUCUCAAUCCACGAGGCACCGAGCUUUUGGCUUGGGGCGGAUCAGGCCAUAUUUUUUACUGGCCAGAGAAUACGACAGAAGUUAUGAAACUUCCAACAACAGAUCCGAGUUCGAUAGAGGACAUUGAAAUCGAGAAACGUAUCUACAAACGCCUAGGAAGCCAUCCCAACAUUGUACCUUGUCUCCGAAUCGCCGAAACUGGUCCAGUCUCAGUAUGCGCUAAGCAUAUUGUUCUCAAACGCGCCGAGCAUGGCACCAUUCGCCAGUACUUUCUCGACGGCGGUACCGCAACAGUAGAUGAGCGUAUCAAAUGGUGCCGAGAUAUCGCAAAAGCUGUUCAGUACAUUCACGAUCAUGGUAUCAGGCACGGUGAUAUAGGCGGCCGAAAUAUUCUCCUGGAUUCAUCAAGGACGGUUUUGCUGUGCGAUUUUGCUGGAUCUGGCCUUGAUGGAAACCCUCCCAGAGUCAAGGCGGAAGAAGGUUUCAAGCAUCCAGUUCUUGAAGAAAACUGGAACGGAACUAUGCGGUCUGAGCUACAUGCUCUGGGGUCGACAAUUUAUGAGAUCAUCACUUCCAAAAGGCCACAUUACGAACUUCAAGACUGGAUGGUCAAUUGGAUUCGAGAGCGUAACUAUCCAGGCGUUGCAGAUGAUCAUGUCGAGGGUUGGAUGGUCCAACUCUGGCUCCAAGAGGGCAUUUAUCCAGACGUCUCUGAGAUCAAGCUUGGAGAUAUUAUUUCCAAAUGCUGGAAGGGUCAGUUCAACUCUGCAGAAGAGGUAGCACAAAGCAUUCAAAGUGAGAUAGGAAACUCUGAGGCCCAAAAUAAUAUGAAUACGGUUAAGUAACCAAAGAGCUAUCGUGUAGCAGAGGGACGAGGAAGCACUUAGAAUAGUCAUUAU